AUGUUUCAGCGCAUACGUGAGGCGAUCGAUUCCCGGAUCGCAGAGGAACAGGCCCGCCAGAAAUCCUCCCAAGAUGUACUCUCCCGCUCCAACUCCGCUCGUCGCCCGACCCGCAAUCUGUCCCCGAGUCGACGAGCUACACGCCCCCGACGCAACACCGGGACUCCCGUCCGCACCCCUGAUCCCAACGAGUUUGAGCCGGAGUUCGCGAUCGGAGACGAUGAGGGCUCUAGUCGAUCUGCCACCCCCCGGUUGGAGUCUGCAGGUGGAUCCGAGACGGCGUCGGGAAAGGACGUUGGGGAGGACAAGCCAUCUCCAGAUGAGCCGUCGGCUGGAAAGGAGGUGCCUACGACGGAGGGAAACCAGCUGUCGUCGGAGCUGCCUCCGGAGAUCAGAGUCAAGUUACGCAGACUGACCAAGUUGGAAUCCCGGUAUCAAGAACUCCUCAAAGCGUAUCGGAUGGCCCAUGCACGUGUCCUGUCGAUCGAACCGUUCGAAGCCGCGCUACGAGAAAACACUCCUCUGACGUCGAUUGGCGAUCCGAAAGCGCUCACUGAGUAUUUGAACCAGAUUACGUUGAAAGGGGACAUGGUGAUUGAGGAGCUCAAAAGAGUCACUACGGAAAGGGACGACUACAAGAAAAAAUUGGAGGAAGCGCAGAAGUCGACAAAGGAGGCUUGGGACGAGGUCGCCAAUCUCAAGGACACGAGGCAAGGCGCCAAGGACGAGACAACCCCUGCUGCUGAAGAUACCACCUCAAAGAAGGAACUGCCAACGAAAGAAGAAAGCGAGGAGUUCUUUUCGUUCGAUAAUGAACUCCCCCGAUUGGAGUCUGAGCUGAAGGAGAAGCAGGAAGAGGUGGAAACUCUCAAGUCGCAGGCUGAGUCGCUCAAGCGCGAUCUUGCGGUCGCUCGUGAGUCAACGGAGGGCAUGGUGCAGAAUCUGGAAUCCGCAACUCGCGAGCUUGUGGAAUUGAGAGACAUUAAAGACAAACAGGAUUCGGAGAUCAAGGAGCUGAAGACUACCCGGCAGGCUGAGGUCGACGAUCUCAAAGCCAAGCUCGCAGCAUCCGAGGAUGCCGUUGCCAAGGCAGGCGAGGAGGCUGAGAGACUAAAGACUGAAUUGAAGCAGAAGACGGAAGAAAUCGAGAAGCUCCAGGAUCAAGUCGCGCAGUCGAAGGACAAAGACCAGCAACAAGAGUUGCUUGCAAAGUUGGAAGAGGUCACCAAGGAGAAAGAUGCUAGCGAGAAGAAAUUGAGAGUUCUCCAGGGCCUCGUGGACAACCUGCGGUCUCAGCUCAAAGACACGGAAGUAGUGGUGUCGGAUCUCAAGGCUGACAUGGGCCACAAAGUCGAAGAUCUGGGCAAGCUGCAGAACAUCGUUGAUUUUCUAAAUAGCAACCUGAAAGACAGCGCCGAGUGGCAGCAAACCAGAGAUCAAGCCGCGAGCGGACAGGCCCCCGACUUUGACCACUUCCGAAAGAGCCUGGCACCCCCUCAAAAAGAAUCGGGGGGCGGCAAUGCGGCUACAGAGCCAGAGCCUCCAGCAAAUGGCUUGACCGGUGGCGCGGGCGCGGGUAAAAAGAAGAAGAACAAGAAGAAGAAGGGCGGAAAAGGCGGAGAAGAUACAGCCAAGGCUACCAGUACCGCCGUACUCGAGGACAAGGAAUCGCACACAGCAGAGUCCGAUCAAGCAACUUCGAAGUUGGCCGAACUCGAGCAAAUGAUCCAGUCGCUGACACAUCAACUGGAAGAGAAGGAGGCAGCAAUCGACCGUCUGAGCUCGAAACUCAAAGGAGAGGAGGACCUCAAAGAAGAGAUCGAAUCCUUACGUGAUGAUUUACUUCACCUUGGCCAAGAUCAUGUCGAAGCGAAGGACAAGAUCAAGGAACUAACUGCAGAAAAGAGGGCUCUAGAGGAGACCAUCUCCAAGUUGGAGAAAGAAUUGACUGAUGUGCGGACGAGCCAUGCCUCCAAGAGCGCUGACUCGGAGAAGAUGCACAGCGAUCUGAAGGAGGACUACGAGAACCUCAAAGGGAAACUCACCAACCUCGAGACUGAGCUCUCUGCCGCCCAGCAACUGGCCGCUACCAGGUUCAAGGAUUUGACGGAUUUGCGGGAGACUUUGCAGAAAUUGCAACCAGAAUUGAAGAGCCUGCGGGCGGAAUCUUCGGAACUGAAAUCGGCAAAAGAGGCCCUGGCGGGCAAGACAUCUGAAUUGAGGACACUGGAGGGAAAACAUGAGGAGUUACGUGCCGAAGUCAAGACACUCAAGUCUACGAUCUCCGAGCGCGACGCUGAGGUGAAGACCCUCAACCAGAAGAUCAGACAGGAGACAGACAGCCGUCUCAAGGCCGAGGAGUCCCUAACCGUUGCUCAAUCUGACUUGCGGUACUCGGAGAGCAAGAAGCAGGAAGCCGUUGAAACAAAGGAGAAGAUUGCAGCAGACCUAUCCAGAGCGCAAGCUGAGCUCAAGAGCGCUCGAUCUCAGCUGCGGGAGGUCGAAAACAAGGUUACUCAAUUAAACAACGAGCUGGGCGGUCUAAGGGAGGAAAUCCAGCUGAAAACCGCACAGCACGCCAGCGCGCAGAGUCUGAUGAACAGUAUGCGCGACCAGAGUGCUGAGCUAGCCAUGCAAAUGAAGGAGGCCCGGGAACGCUGUGAGAGCUUGGAGGAAGAACUGGCCGAUGCGCAUCGCUUGCUGAGCGAGCGGACGCGUGAGGGGGAAACGAUGCGGCGCUUGCUCAACGACAUCGAGGGCCGGGCUGAGGCCAAGGUUCGCGACUUCAAGGAGCGGAUGGAGGCCGCCAUUGAGGAACGCGAUCGGGCAGAAGACGAGGCCAGUGCUCAGGGUCGGCGCCGGGCCCGAGAGCUCGAGGAGCUCAAAACCAAGGUUCGGGAAGCUGAAAAAGCGCUGAGAACGGCGGAGGAGGAUAAGGAAGAACUCGAGCGAUCCCAAAAGGACUGGAAGCGCAGACGGGAUCAACUCGAGGAACAGUCGGAGCGCUCAGCGCAGGAGCUCAACGACAUCCGCCAGGCCAUGGCGCGAUUACGCGACGCUUUGGACGAAAGCGAGAAGCAAGUCCGUGGUUUGGAGAAAGAAAAGGCCGAGCUACGUCGUUCCGUGGAGGAAACGAACAGCCGCCUUGAGAAGCUUCGCAAGUCCAACCGGAUGUUGUCGGACGAAACUCGUGCAGUCCAGAACCCUCAGUCCUCGCGUUCAUCAAUUGACUCUCCCGUAUCGAAGGACCGUAGUCCAUCGACGCGGAGGAGCGAAACGCCGACGGGAGCACCGAUUGACUACAUCUACUUGAAGAAUGUGCUCCUGCAAUUCUUGGAACAGAAGGACAAGAACUAUCAGAAGCAGCUGAUCCCGGUCCUGGGGAUGCUGCUUCAUUUCGAUCGUGUUUCUCCGCAUACGCUGUACCACGGCCCCUUACUGACCCUGUCCGUGUUCACAGAUGUCCCAUACAUCCUCCAAUUCAUCCGGGAACUGGCCGACUACGAAAAGGCCCUCCAUGAGGUCGAAGCCACCGAAGAAUCCCUCCUAGCCACCCUCUCCUUCCCCGAUGACACCCCCAAGCGAGGCUCCGUCUACACAGCCCUCGUUAUCCCUCCCGCCACAGCAGAGAAUCCAUCUCCCGUACCCGUGGGCAUGGCCCUGUUCUUCUACAACUACUCGACAUGGCGUUCGGCUCCGGGGAUCUACCUCGAGGAUCUCUACGUGCAGCCCAGCGCCCGGGGCAACGGAUACGGAUUCAAGCUUCUGAAGUACCUGGCUGCCAAGGUACUGGAGGUGAAGGGUCGCCGCCUGGAGUGGAGUGUCCUCAAGUGGAAUGAGCCGAGCAUCAAGUUUUACAAGCAGGUCGGGGCUCAGGCUAUGGAGGAGUGGAUGAAGAUGAUGGUCGAGGGGCCUGCGCUGAAUAAGUUGGCCGAGGGACUUAUGGCUUCCAUUCCGGCUCCCAAGGCCGUUCAAGAGAAUCACCAUGUCGACUACGUCAUCCGCUUCAAUUAUGGGGAUAUUGAUACCUCGCAAGCAAUCAAGAGAUUUGAGGUGCUUCUUCUCGAGCUCUCCGAGGUAGGCUUGCAGACGGAAGUUCGACAGGGCGACGAGAACUCCCUUUUCAUCUUUGUGCGGGCCGCAAGCAAGAAGAAGCUGAAACGCGCGGUCUACCAGUCUCGUGUUCGAGAUUGGCUGUAUGGCGUCCGGAAUACCGAACCCGAACCGGCGAGCUCUGCGGAGCCACAGUCGGAAGCUGAGCGCCUUCGUGUUAUCUACCACUUGAUUACGGUUCCAAAAGCAGAGGGUGGUGCGGGCAUCACCCCUCGCCAUGGGGAGUGGAAGAAUGUCGAUGCGAUCUUUCCGCUGCACGACGAGGAGACCAACAGGCAGUGCAUGAGGGACUGGAGCAAAAAGACGUUUCUGUCAACUGAGGACCUGGACCAGAUCCGCAAUACGUUUGGAGAAUAUGUUGGCUUUUAUUUUGCGUUCUUGCAGUCGUAUUUUCGGUUCUUGAUGUUCCCGGCAGCGUUCGGGUUCUCCUGUUGGUUGUUGCUGGGCUCGUUCUCGAUCGUCUACACCGUGGUCAAUUGCCUCUGGUGCAUCAUCUUUAUCGAGUAUUGGAAGCGUCAGGAGGAGGAUCUCAGUUGUCGGUGGCAGACCAAGGGCGUUUCCGCGGUUCACGAAAAGAGAGCCGAGUUCAAACCCGAAAAGGAAGUUCGUGAUGAAAGCACCGGCGAGGUUCGCGGGGUGUUUCCCGCUACGAAGCGGAUGUAUCGACAGCUCCUCCAAGUCCCAUUCGCAUUGCUUGCAGCCGUCGCGUUGGGUGCCAUCAUUGCCACCUGCUUUGCGAUUGAGAUUUUCAUAUCCGAGAUCUACAACGGUCCACUCAAGCAGUACCUGGUAUUCAUUCCUACUAUCUUGGUAUCUGCGCUUAUACCAACAAUGAGUGCGGUCCUGCUGACGGUUGCGACCAAAUUGAAUGAUUACGAGAACUACGAGACUCAGGAUGCCUACAAGGUGGCAUUGACACAAAAAACCUUUGUUGUCAACUUCAUCACUUCAUACCUCCCUAUCAUCUUGACGGCUUUUGUCUAUGUGCCAUUCGCCAGCCGGAUCGUGCCUUACCUCGAUGUAUUCCAACUCACUGUUCGGCCAUUCGUGUCCAAAGAGCAUGCAACCAAGGCUCGAACCGAAUUCACCAUUGAUCCGGAUCGGCUGCGAAAGCAGGUCAUCUACUUUACCGUUACUGCCCAGAUUGUCGGUUUCGCGCUCGAAACCAUCGUUCCGUUUGUCAAGCAACGUGUAUUCCGCGAAUAUAAGGCAUACGCCAAGAAACAACAUGCAAAGGCAGAGCCAGGGAACGGUGCGGGAGAGAAGAAGCCCGUCUCCCUCGGCGACAACGAAGAUGAGGCCAAAUUCCUCACUCGCGUGCGCAACGAAGCGGAGUUGGAGGACUAUGAUGUCACCGACGAUCUGCGGGAGAUGUGUAUCCAGUUCGGCUAUCUGGCUCUGUUCUCCCCCGUGUGGCCACUUGUUCCCGUGUCCUUUUUGAUCAACAAUUGGGUCGAGCUGCGGUCUGAUUUCUUCAAGAUCUGCGCCGAGUACAGGAGACCCUGGCCCCAGCGUGCGGACACCAUUGGACCCUGGCUGGACAGCCUAGGAUUCCUCUCCUGGGUGGGAAGCAUCACCAGCGCGGCCCUUGUCUAUAUGUUUAGUAACGGGCAUGAGGGCCCCAACGGCGAGCCGACGACAAUUCGGUGCUGGGCCUUGUUGCUGACGAUCUUCUUCUCCGAGCACCUCUACCUGACCGUGCGCUACGCCGUGCGAAGUGCCCUGGCGAAGCUGGAGCCUCCGAACACCCGUCGUGAACGGGCGGAGCGCUUCAUGAUGCGGAAGAGAUACCUCGACUCCGUGCUCAGUGCGGAGAGCGACGACGAUGCCGAGGAGGUCAAGGGUGUCGUAUCUUCCGUCCCGCCGUCUCAGAUUACUCGCGAGUCCUUGGAGGAAGAGGCUAGACGCCUGUCCAAGCAGGGGACUGAUCCAACCGAGCGCUUCUGGAUGAGACAGAGAGGGUGGAAGGAGUCGGCCGAGGUUGGGUUGAGCCUCAUCACAAAGGCCAAGAGCCGCGAAACCAAGAAGCAGCAGUAG